UUCGUUACGCUGUUGCGUAUCAGACGCCGUGUUGAUAAGAGAGUACUUGGUACAAGACCUCGGCGAACCAAAAUUCAACUCCCUCUCGGUGCGCCGCACGCCCUUCCUGAUGAUCCUCCCAUCCCAUCCCGUGACAACAUCAUACAUAUGCUUCACAUUCUGGUCGACAACCCCGAAAUAAACCAAGCCCCGGCGAUAACAUCAUUAUUUACUUCGCCGGACGCGGCUCUAGCUACUCCUACUCUGACUGGGAAGAUAAUUCCUAUGACCCCAAUCGUUGUAAAGUCCCAUUCUCACAAUGGGAAACCAUUGAUGCUCUCUGCCCCACGGACCGCGACUAUCCUGACGGCAACGGAAAUCCAAUUCGCGAUAUCAGUGACCGAGAGUUCAACUCCAUACUUACCCGAAUCUCGCUCUCCAAAGACCACGAAUUACUGUAAUCUUCGAUUGCUCUCAUCUGGGUUCUGCAACCAGAUACUUUCGGGAUGGGGGCGUGCGCUCUGCGCCUCCGCUCAUACACCCACUCAUGCGCAUGCUCCAUUCUGCAUAGGAGAGUAUGAAACACUUCCCUGCCGUUCCUUCUCGUGUAGAGAGUUUCAGCUUGCGAAAGAGGUGAGAAGUGGGGAAGGGUUCCACAGGCUCUUCACGCAGUCGCUUGUUGAGACCCUCAGACGCCGGUCGUGGCCGGGAAACGUAUGGCUGAAAAAAUUUGGUAUCAGGACUAGUGUACGUACUUCGAUGGUCGUGUGUCCUCAUAAGAAGACUCUCAUUACGAGCUUGUAA